CGCGCACCAGCUGGCUCUUCGGCGCCGCCCAGGUUAUGGGAAACGCAAUCGACACCUCGAACCUCUAUGAAGUAUGGGCGGACAAAUAUGGCUCCGUCUUCAGCGUGCCCGCCCCGCUCGGCGGGACGCGCGUGGUGCUCACGGACCCGAAGGCGAUCGCGCACUUUUACACGCACGAGACGUUCACGUAUGUGCAGACGAAGCUCGCGCGCGUCGCGAUCGAGAACCUGUUCGGGCGUGGUCUUCUCUGGGCAGAGGGUGAGUCGCACAAGAGGCAGCGCAAGGCGAUCUCGCCGGCUUUUAGCAAUAUUGCUAUUCGCAGAAUGACGUCGAUCUUUUACGAUUCCGUUUACAAGCUGAAGACGAACUGGGACAACCAGCUGGCGGCGGUGGACUCCGCCAUGAUCGACGUGCAGAAGUGGAUGAACCAUGUCUCCCUAGACAGCGUCGGCAUCGCCGGCUUCUCGCACGACUUCGGCUCGCUCGAGGGCAAGCACUCCGCCGUUGCAGAGGUCUUCGACCGCAUGGGCCACAUCAAGCCCUCGCCCAUCACCGCCGCGGCGAUCUUCUUCGGGAACACGUUCCCCUUCCUCUGGCGCAUCCCGACGCCCAUGCGCCGCCUGCAGAUCCAGCUCAACCGCAGCAUGGAGGAGAUCGCGACCGUGCUCCUCGAGAACACGCGCCGCGAGAUGCAGGGCACGGGCGAGAAGGGCCGCGAGGACAAGAGCAUCAUCGGGCUGCUGAUUAAGGCUGAGGAUGCCGAAUCGAGUCUGCAAAUGUCUCAGGAGGAGAUCAUGGCUCAGAUGAAAGUUCUCAUCCUGGCCGGCUACGAGACCACAUCGAUCAGCCUUACCUGGGCUCUCAUCGAGCUCUGUAGGCAUCAAGAGAAGCAGGUCCGGCUCCGCGAGGAACUCAAGGAACAGUUCCCAACCUCGGACCCGACGUGGGAGCAGCUCACCAAUGGUUCCGGCCUCCACUACCUCGACGCGGUGGUGCACGAGAUCCUGCGUCUGCACCCUCCGCUCGCCGUCACUAGUCGCCAGGCCGCGAAGGACGACGUGAUCCCGCUCUCCCAACCCCUCCGACUCCCCAACGGCGAGCUCACCGACCACGUCGCCGUCCGCGCCGGGCAGCACAUGACGGUGCCCAUCGGCGCCAUCAAUGUCUCCGCACACUUCUGGGGCGCAGACGCGCGCGAGUUCCGCCCCGAGCGCUGGCUCGCGGACGACGGCAUCCCCAAGAAGGCGCAGGAGGUGCAGGGCCACCGCCACUUGCUCACCUUCGUCGACGGCCCGCGCAUGUGCCUCGGGCGCGGCUUCGCCCUCGCCGAGUUCAAGGCUGUGCUUGGCGUUCUCAUCAAGAACUACACCUUCGAGCUUCCGAACGGGCCGGAGACGAAGAUUGAGUACGUGCGCGGCGUCCUGCCCCGCCCGCGCGUCGCCGGAGAGGAGGGGGCCUGCGUGCCCAUGCGGGUGCGCCGGGUCGACGGCUAAGCUCGUCCGCCGUCAGACACGCCCUGCAGUAUGGUUAUACAGUUAUAUUGCGCCUUGUGUAAGUGGUUCCAUUGUAGUGGAUCAAACUAUGUACGAUACAGCGCCGCGCGCCGACGCGCUUCGCGUCCGGCGAUGGGCCCUUUUCGCGCCCACCGACGAACAAUCCGCUGCAGUCCG